AGGGAGAAGGGGGUUGGGAAGGGAGAUGGGUUAUGUUGGGAUCUGGGGUGGUAGGUGUAAUGGAGGAGGGUUAUGAGGGUUGGGAGAGGGGUGUUUGGGGUGUAGAUGAAGAACAGAGGAAGGUUUGGUUGAGGGAGAAGGAGCAGAACUUGAGGUGAUGUUGAGGUGCAGGGUUAUGAGGGGAUAGGGCUGGAGGAAAGCUUGGAAUAGGGGCCAAGAGAAUCCCAGAGGGCCAAAUAAAGAGUAGCAUGGGGUAUAUGGACUGGGAGGGAGGAGUUGAAGUGGGACAGGGAGCUUGAGGUGAAGGGGAAACGUGGCAUGAUGGUCGUAGUUGGAUCUGGAAGAGGGAGAGCUGGAGCAAAGAGUGAGGGGUGCUCUUAUAGAGAGCAGGAUUUGCUGGACACAAGGCCUUGGGGUGGGAGGGUGUGGAACAGUGACUGAGGAGGUUGGAAGGGGAGGUUUAAUGUAAGCAGCAGUGAUGGGUUAGUGGUGGGUAAGGGGGUGAUGGCCAGGAUAAGGCUGGUCUUUAGGUGUCUGGGGGAGCUGAGCUGCUGGGGAGGAAACUUUGGGAUGUGGGUAGAGCUAAAAGGCUGAAAGUGAAGGACUUGAGGCUGGCAUCUGAGCCUGGAGUGGUGGUGAAGGUGCAGGGAGGCACCGCAUCCAUUGACGGAUCAGUAUGGUUACGUGGGGGAAGGAUUUUGCUGCAGGUGGCCACUGAUUGUCAUGACUUCAACCAUUGCCCUCUGAUUUGCUGUUUGCGGGGCCAAAGUGAGAGAUGGCUGCAGAAGCCAAGUACAGCAUUAUACGUGAAGUGGGCCGAGGGAACUACGGGGUGGUUUAUGAGGCAAUCGUUAACAAAACCAGAAGCAAAGUAGCUGUGAAAAGGAUGCAAUGCAACGUGCCUGAAAACGCAGAGCUGGCUUUGCAAGAGUUCUGGGCCUUGCAAAGCAUCCAGAGGCAACAUGAAAACGUGAUCCAGUUGGAGGAGUGUAUCUUGCAGAACGGCCAAGUCUUUCAGCCCAUUAGUCACCAUUAUGGGAAGUCAGACAGUCACUUGCUGCUGAUUGAGACCUGUCUGAAAGGGAGGAGGUGCAUGGACCCCAGGUCAGCCUGUUUUCUGUGGUUUGUGAUGGAGUUCUGUGAUGGUGGGAACAUGAACGAGUACCUACUGUCCCGCAGCCCGGAUGCCCAGCUGAAUAACAGCUUCAUGCAGCAGCUCAGCAGCGCUGUGGCUUUUCUGCACAGGAACCAGAUUGUGCACAGAGACCUGAAAGCGGACAAUAUUUUGAUCUCUCAUAAACGUGGGAAUCCCAUAGUAAAGGUGGCGGAUUUUGGCCUCAGCAAAGUGUGUCGGGGGAAAGGGAACGUGAACCAGCACCGCUUUUCCUCUGCAUGUGGGUCCAACUUCUACAUGGCUCCAGAAGUGUGGGAGGGUCACUACACAGCCAAGGCUGAUGUGUUUGCCCUCGGGAUCAUUUUCUGGGCUAUGGCGGAGAGGAUCACCUUCCGAGAUGGAGAUACUGAGAAGGAAUUGCUUGGAACUUACAUCUGCCAAGGCAAGGAGCUUAUUCCACUUGGGGAAGCACUGCUGGAGAAUCCCAACCUGAAGUUACAGAUUCCUCUGAAGAACAAGAAGUCCAUGCCAGAUGAUCUCUGCAAGCUCCUGCACGAUAUGUUAGCUUUUAACCCAAAGAAACGAUUGGACUCCUUCCAGCUGGAAGUCCGAAUCAGGCAAAUCUCCUAUGGCAAGAAGUGCCAGCGCUCCCUCUCAUAGAGACAAAGGGCAUUCAGGUGUUGUGUCCCACCUUGAUCUGGAGCCCCCGGUGAUGGUGAACGACUGAUUUCCUUUGGAACGAGCGGAUGGAUUUCGAAAGCUGGAUGUAGAAACCCUGCUGCCUUCCGGUUCUCCCAGAUGGUUUUAUUUAAAUGGACAUUAACUUUAUUUAUUUGUACAGUAAUUUUAAGAGAACUACAAAGUUUUUUUUAUUUCUAUGUAAGCUUUCCUUUUAUAACGCGUGUUCUUUAAUGCAGCAAGUGGCGUAGGUGAAAUCCUGGCUGGGGUGACCUUACUUGUUUGGCUACUCAUGGCACAGGAGUUUUGGAAGUGGUUUCCUAUAAGAGAACCCCCAUUCAUCCUUCUGCUGCCUCUCUGUGCCUUCCCUGUUGGGGGACCCCAAAGAAAUGGGUAAAAUGGUCUUAAACCCAUCACCUCUGCCUUGCUGCGCAUUGACCACCUCUCAGCCUUGUCUCUGUGCUGAUAAAUCUACGUGUCUUGUCCUUGGCACAACAGACAGGAGUUGUCUUUGCGAGGUUUAAUUGGAGCUUUGUGUGCGAUUCCUCACGUUGCUGAGCCACGGAGCUGAGCAAUGGCUGUGGGAUGAGCUGGCGCUGCGCUCGGUGUCUGCUCGGAGAAGUUGAAACAGAAACAAAAAUGUAUUUUCCUCACUUUUUGAAUAUUCUUGCUUAGAUUAACUAAAACGCUUUCUUAAAAUAAAUACAAAGAACGUUAAAGAUGCCAACUCUUGAUUAGAACGUAUGCGUCACUAACACUUAAAGCAGUUUAAGGAAUCAUGCUUCCUGCUGUGUUAGCUGCUUGUGCCAGCUGUUCUUACAAGAGAAAUGAAAAGGACUGAACUGGAAUCUUGGCAGGUAAACGGGGACUCUAAUUUGCACCCUGUUUGAACAGUAUUUUGAUGGGUCUGUAAACCACUGCUGAUGUUUUCUUUUCUUCAGAAGCUGGGAGCCCCUGAAUGCUUCCUUCUGCACUGCUCUGUUGCGAAGAGCUGAGAUAGUGUCCUUCAGGGACAGCCUCCCCUUCUAGGAAAGGACCAAGCUGCCUAAAGGAAGGUAACUUGGGGAGCCCCUUUGCCAUGUAGCAGACCUUGGUGAGCUGUGUGUUCCUCCCUCCUUUAAGACUGUGAUUACAGAAGAGAAGGCUGCCUGUAAGCAGUGUCAGAAGCCUGAUUUGUGGAGAGGACCUUUCCUCCUGCAAUGUCUUUAUCCAGAGCCUGUGCUGCCCUUCUGUAAGGACUGACUUGGAAUGUUUUCUCACUUGCACCCCCAGGCUGCAUAAUACAUACAGCCUUUAGUUGUCCUGCCCAGACAAGACCUCUACCCCUGUAACAGAUACCUAAUGGGGGGCUCUAUGGUGUUCCCUGAGAACAGCUGUUGUGAGAACAUAAGAAAUAAGUUAAAACCAUUCAACUCUGCUUGACGUUUGUGUUUAGAGGAUCCCUAAUGCAGAGGUGCUGCUGGGUGUGCAGCAAGGAAAGCCCAGGUGCUGUGAAGCUUGUUUGGCUCUUGAGGCCUCUGCUGGAGGUUAGAAGCGAUCUGUAGGUGUGGGUCUGCAUCUCUUGUCCAAGAGCUGGGUGACCCUGUUCAGGAGAGAGCUUCUGUCCCAGCGUUCCUAUGAGACAGCUGCUUUGGAGCCAGGUCUGCCUUGCUCCGCACCCACACAACAGGCCCUUUGUCUGGAAUGUGGAUGGGUUUGUGUGCCCUUUCCCCACAUAGGAAAAAUGGGGUGUGAGAAUGGUUGCUUACUCCUUUUCCUCCUUGUUUUGCCAUGCUGGGAUAUCAUCCUCACAGCUGCUGCUGUUUUUUAGCUACCUGGAGUCUCUGUACCUUAUAAAUUAAUAAAAUGCUGUGUGUUUA